AUGACAUGUGCCCUCUGCAACGGGUUCCAGGGGAGAUGGAGCAUUGCGAGCAUGUUGGCAGACCCCAGCCCGCGGCAUAUGAACAGACACCAUAUCGUCCCCAGGUUCACCUGGAACGAAUUGAAAGUGUCCGCCAGCUCGUGCUACUGCUGCCAAGUUCUUGUGUCUGGAUGUCUCGGGUGUUUCCAGCAGCACAGCAUCCAAGUCUCAGAUAUCCUCCGGGGCACCUUAAGUUUCCACUAUCCGAGCACCAAUUACGAUACAGAGAAACAGGACGCGAGCAAGAAUUUGAUAUUUCUCCUGAACAACGGUCGCCGUUUUGAAAUCCAAUUCUUUUGCACAGAUGACGAUGAUUGCCCCAUCCCAGAUUCUUGGGAUUACAUCCCUGUCUCGAAACGAACUUCCCCGAGGACAGAUUCUGAUCAAGCGAUGGUUGCCAUCAAGAGCUGGAUCUCUGCAUGUAUCGUCACCCACUUCACGCCUGAAAGCUUCUGCGACACACCAGAUAACCCGCAAUUGCCCACAAGGGUAGUUGACGUCGGCCUUGACGACGGGGUUGUGAAGCUCCUUGAAUCAAAGGGCGCAAGGUCCAAGUACAUCUGCCUCAGCCAUUGCUGGGGGCUUGCCCAAAUUAUCACCACCACUAAAUCAAAUCUCGUCCAACACAAAAAGUCCAUACCCUGGAACCUGCUCUCCAAAACAUUCCGCGACGCUAUCUCCCUCACAAGAAGUCUCGGUUUCAGGUAUAUUUGGAUAGACUCCCUCUGCAUCAUCCAAGAUGACGCACGAGAUUGGGACGUGGAGUCCGCCCAGAUGGCCUCCAUCUACACAAACGGCCACCUAACCAUUGCUGCCACCAGAUCUCCCAAUGGUGCUGGCGGUCUCUACAGCCAAACACCCGAUUUUGAAGUCGCCGGCACCACACCAGACGGAAAAGCAGAGCCUUACCGUCUCUUCUUCCGUGAACGCAUCGACCAUCACAUUGACAUGGACGUCGUCAUCCCGGACGCCGAUGACGCCGCCACGGGAAACCCAACAGCAAUCCACUACCCCCUCCUGACACGCGCAUGGGUCUACCAAGAACGAAUGCUCUCCACACGCAUUCUCCACUUCGGCAGAUACGAGCUCUUCUUCGAGUGCCGCUCCUGUGUCCACUGCGAGUGUGACGGGAUCGAAUUCAACGGAUCUUCUCCUGAAACGCCCAUCCCUCUGUUUAAAAUCGAGCACGCGGAGGCACUACAGGAUUAUGUGAGUGACUGGGCGGAGCAGUUCCGUGACCAGGUCGUUUAUCAGGGCGCUAGCCUGUGGCGUACCAUGGUAAGCUGCUAUACGGCGCUGCUCCUGACCAAAUCGAAAGAUCGCCUGCCGGCCAUCAGUGGUAUUGCUAAGGAUCUCGCGGCACGGCGUAAGUCAAGGUACCUGGCGGGCUUGUGGGAGGAGACGCUGAAUGACGACCUGCUUUGGAUUGUGCCGUCGCGAUCGCGGUAUAAAAAGGCCAGACCCUAUCCGCGCAACGCACCGACUUGGUCAUGGGCCAGCGUCGAGACCUACAUUCAUUAUUGGGAUGGGGUGUUGUUUACCAGUCUUGAAGAGGAGAAGGGGGAGCUGAGGGAACGGUUGCCGUAUACGCAUUUCAGUAAGAUAAAGAAGUGCGAGAUAACCUGGUCGGCUGUAGAUGAGUUUGGGUCUAUUUCUGGUGGGUUUUUGACGAUUUCAGGACUUGUGGUGGAGGGCGUGCUUGAACGGGAGGUCGAAUUGUUGCAGGGAGAAGGGGAGAGUAUUGUGCACUAUGUAUCUCUUCCAAGUCGCCACUUGCGGUUAGAGAUGAAAGCGGAUUAUCUACUUGAUCAUGAUGGGCCGGGUCAGACACGACCUGGGGCCAAGGUGUUGUGUAUGCGCAUGAGUGUUUUGCAGGAGGGAUCGACAGAUCAUUUGAUAUCGCUCGUCUUAAAGGAGUCGUCAGAGACUCGCGGUUGUUUUGAACGGAUUGGAACUGUAGUUCUCGCAAAAAAGCCAUCUCCAAUAGAUCCCGUUGGAGAAAUAUUCCAGAAAGCUGGAGAACAGACUGUAACCAUUGUCUAA